CAGCCAUUAGGAUAAAUAAAUCUCCGCGCACACAAAAAUCAAGAUGGACUCAUUGCCUCAAUUACCGGAGUACCAAUUAUAUUUACGUCACAAGUUUUGGGAACACGUGAGCGGUUUUUCAGCUCAACCAGAAGCAGAGCCGCCCGCCCCAGUGUCCCUCAAAGAGCAGUUCUACCACCAUUGCAAAAACUUUUUUUCUUCUCUCAUCACCUUUAUAUCCUCAUCCCUUCACCAGCAGAGUCUUCAUCAAGAAAGUCAAGUGGCUCAAUCUAAGUUUGGAAAGCAAGGCUACGUAGACAAGGAAGGAAAUGCCACAACAAGCAAGUGAGACAGACUACGCGCCAGGUAACAUUGUCUUUGCAAAACUCAAAGGUUAUCCUUGGUGGCCGGCAAGAAUCGAGUUGGACACCAAUGUACCGGCGACGGUAUUAAAGCAAAAGUCAAAAUCAAAGGGUCCCCUGUGGACGGUUUUCUUUUUUGGGUCAAAGGACUAUGGAUUUUUUGGAGCUGACUCCAUCAGACCCUUCAAUGCAGACGCAGUGGAACGUGACCUGAAGGCAAAGAAGUUCAAGACAAAAGAUUUGGAAUUAGCGGUUCGUCAGGCGCUGGAUCCUUCGUUAUUGGAGGACGAUGAGGAAGACGAUGAAGGUGGCGAUGUACCGGCAACACCCGUGAAGAAAACUUUGACACGAGGCAGUAGAAAGGGCAAGGCUGAACCUGUGAAAAAACCUAUAAAGGUCAAUGGAACAAGAUCAGGUCAGAAAAUGGAUAUUGAUGACGACGAAGAGCCGAUCAUCAAGGUCGACAAGCUUCCUGCGAAGCGUCGAAGUCGUAUCAUAGAGGAUGAGGAUGACAAUGAAGUACAAGAAGGAAACAAUCACGAUCGACCAUCCAAGUUGCGGAAAUCAGAUGAUGAGCCGAUGGGAGUUGGAUCUCACCGCAGUGAACGUAGUAGUGCAUCGCCGUUAAUGGGGAAGAAAGGGGAGGGGUCGAGCCCCUCGGAUGCAUUGAAGAAAUCAGAACCCAUGGACAUCACUGGUGAUGACGCCGAUUCGGAACAUAAGAAACAUCAAAAGCAACUGUACCAUAUUCGCCACAAGCUUCAAAAGUUGGUGUACGAGAAAAAGCCAAGCGAAAUACCACUUGAGGAUUAUGCAAAGAUAGAUCAAGUACUCACGGAGAUUGGAGGAUAUACCAUUAACUACCGGCUGCUGAAGGAAACCAAAAUCGGAAAAGUUAUGAAAUCGGCUUGCUUACAGCCAUUCGACGAUGAUAAGCAAUAUCGGCUACGAGAGAGGUGUCAGAGGUACAUGAAAGAUUGGAAAGCUAUUUUAAUGGCACAUCAAGGCGAAUCCCAGAAAGGAGGAACAGAGGGAGGAGAGGCAUCUGGCGGCAAUGCAGCAUAAAAUUUUCAAUCGGUUUUUAUGUGAUUGUUAUACUCAUUACUUCCAUUUUGUAUUUCCCGUGUCCGACCGUUUGCUACCAUUUUUUCUUCUUCUGCUUCACAUUUUUCUACUGGGUUUUUUUUUCUAUUGAUGAUGCAUGGUUACUUUGUUGUUUUUACCUUGGUGAUUGUUUCUUUUUGACCCCUUUCUUUCCAGCUCGUUUUUCCUCAUACUACUUCACAAUUCAUUCCAAAACACCCCUCCUCUCUCCUACAAUAUAGUCUAACAUUCCCCUUUCCAUAAAUCAAAUGCUUUUGAUGUGAUCAAAAAAAAAUUAA